AUGCAUCGGACUACACCCUCAAGUUCAAAUGGUGGAAUAUUCAAAGGAGGCAAUAUAUUUGGGGGUAGCAAGACUUCAAAUCCAACUUCUUCAGUGCGACCAAUUACUAGCGGAGGAUCUCCUAAAAGUGAAUCGAAACACAGUCCGACACAUCAACCGACACAUCAGCCGAGGGCAUCAGUAACAGGCUUCAGUCGCAAACCCUCCUUUACCUCCUCUCGCCAUAAUCGACGCAACAAUUCCACCGCGCACUUGCAUUCUACCCUUUUACCUAAUCUCCCGAUAUUUUCUUCUUCAAACUCACCCGAAAAGCAUUCUGCUGCGAACAACCCCUAUGUCGUACCGGUAAUUCUCCCACUACCACCCUCGGAUCACCGGCAAAGCAUAGAUAGUUACGAUCGGGUUGUCCUAGCAGAAACCACAGGAGUCAAUCUAGUUGGAGCGACAUUAUCACGUCAAUCCAUGGACGCUGCAUCAUUUACCUCGACAACGCCAUACUCGAAUAUGCUUGCCAGACCAGGAACGGGAUAUCAGUCCUCGGGGGGAGGUCCCGCGGGAAUGGGUGUGAUGGCUCCUAUGCAACCUGGCAGUCCUACGCUUGAGACUAUUACUUACCAGCACAUACAAGAGAUGGCGUCAAAGAGGAUAUCUACUCUAGAUUAUUUAAGAAAAGCUCAUGAAGGAAGGGUCUAUUGGUUCAAUACAUUAUUAUUCAACAAACCAGAUUUACAACGAAUGCCAUACUUCGAUUCGCGAAAACUCGCCCGUCGCGCAACAAACUAUCUUCUCCUCGGCCUCUCGCUCCCUACAAUCCUCGACCUUAAUUCCUCAAGCCCCUCUGAAUUUUUGCGCACGCUCAAUGCGCUCCUCGGCGAAUUCGAGUCUUUCCAACAAGUACAUCCGCCAGACGGCUCGACCUCUUCUUCGUUAUCGCGCGGACGAUUUCCCCAAAUGUUCAAGCGCUCGACGAUGAUUCCCAGUAAAGGGCGACGCACCAGUUCUGCAACUGAGAUAGGAUUACCAAUGGGCAAUGAUUUCUCGGAUACAAAAUCUAAUAAUGGGAGUACAUCGAGUGGGGGUGGUAAUGGGGCAACAUCGUUCCCAGCGAGUGAGAAUGAUUUGUUACCGGGUGAGGAAUAUACAUAUCUAUUAACACCAUCUUUACCAUUCGAUCCCGAUUUUUACGAGACGUUUGCGACAUUGUGCGAUGUAUUGAUUGAUUGUUAUACAAGGUUGAUGGGCUUGGUUUCGUCGCCGAAAGAGUGCAGUCCGCAGAUUGCAGAAUUGUUUACAAAGGCGGAUGCGAGAGUCAGGAAAAUCAUUGUGCAGGGAGUAGUGAAGGAAUUUGAGGACAGCAGCAGAACUGGAGUAAAGAGCGAGGUUGCGGGCGUGGGAAGAGUGGUUUUGGGUGGACUUAUGUAA